AUGAAGGUCAUUCUUGCCAUCAACUCGGGAUCUAGCUCUGUAAAGAUCUCGGUUUACUCCGCCGAACCUAAUCGGUCACCUCUGCAGAUCGCAGAGGCGGCCGUCAGUGGUUUGACGGCCCCACCCGCACAGGUCACAUACACGCGUGGUGGGGUUGAGGUCAAGAGGAAGGAAGAUCUCGAGGAUGAUCUAUCAACUCAGGCCGACGCCUUCAAGGUUCUUCUCAAGCUACUGAUCGAGGACUCGGAAUUGCCUCAGAUCAAGAAAAAGAGCGAUAUUGCCCUCACCUGCCACCGCAUCGUCCACGGGGGCGACUAUCCUAGCUCUCAAAUAAUCACCCGGGACACAUACCAUCACCUGGAAGAGCUGAGUGACCUUGCGCCCUUACACAAUGGUCCCGCUCUCGACAUUGUCAACUCGUGCGUGAAGCAGCUUCCCGACGCUGUCAAUGUCGCCUGCUUUGACACGCAAUUCCACACGACGAUUCCCGCGCACGUUCAUACGUACCCCAUCAACCAAGAUGUUGCCAAAAAGAAUCACCUAAAAAAAUAUGGGUUUCAUGGCGUCAGCUACUCCUUCAUCACUCGAGCCGUCUCCGAGUUUCUCGGCAAGGAACCCAAAGAUCUCAAUAUCAUUGCCCUUCAUCUGGGAAGCGGAGCAAGCGCAUGUGCCAUCCGCAACGGUCAGAGCUGGGAUACCAGUAUGGGCUUGACCCCUGUCGCUGGCUUGCCUGGAGCCACCAGAAGCGGCAGUGUAGAUCCCAGUCUCGUCUUCCACUACGCAAGUGACGUUGGCAAGCUAUCCCCCAACUCGACAUCACAGCUGCACCUCACCGAGGCCGAAGAGAUUCUCAACAAGCGUAGUGGAUGGAAGUCGCUUACAGGAACAACUGAUUUUGGAGUAAUUGCUAAUUCGGAUGAACCGGCUCACAAGCUUGCGUUCGACAUUUUUGUCGACAGAAUAUGUGCCUUUGUUGGCUCCUACUUUGUUACCCUGAACGGCAACGUAGACGCGUUGGUCUUUGCAGGUGGCAUUGGCGAAAAGAGCGACAAGCUGCGGAAGCGGGUCGCCGAGCAAUGCGCAUGCUUGGGCUUCACCAUCGAUGAUGCUCUGAACAGCAAGAAAAUCAUAGAUACGGUCCAGGAGGUUGGCAAAGACGCCAAGCGUCGUACGUUGGUCUGCCAGACGGACGAGCAAUACGAGAUGGCAAGGCUCUGCACCGAAAAUGAAUCGCUCUGGCAAGAUUAG